GUUUCGUUUCUUGGUUUGGGUUCAACAACGAUUAGGAGAAAGCGGGACUCAUAUCGCCCGCCUGAAUGCCAGAGGACCGGUCGGACCCCUGUCUUGAUCUGAUAACCUAGGCUGAAUACACGUUACAGUUGCUGUUCUUGGUCAUGGAUGAUUUUGUCCGUAACAAACUAAGAGAAUGGGGUUUCAGCGAGUUGAUAGAAAAAUUUGAAGAUGAAGGCAUUGACACUGAAAGUCUUUACAUUCUUGGGGAUCAAGAAAUCGCUGACUUGAUCCUAAAAGUGGGACCAAGGGCAAAAUUCAAGAACAAACUCAACUUGUUAAAGGAACAAAACUCAACAAAUCUGGUACCAGUUAAUUCUCCUGCUCAGGAACAAAACUCAACAAAUCUGGUACCAGUUAAUUCUCCUGCUCAGGUUUUUCCGUCCACCAGUGACACCAGUGAUAAAGGGAAGAGAAAGUUGGAUCUUCUGGCCGAGUCCAGCAAUUGGCAAUCACCGACAAGAAAACGACGAUGUGACACUUACUCAGAAGAAGCCAUACUCUGUGAUGUGAAAGACAUCAUGAAGUUUGUCCAACAGAAAAUACCUAACCAAGACAACAAGCUCAAUAAAUUCCUGAAGAAGAAAAUAAGUGCUUUGGAGACAGACAAGAGGGAGUUGGUCGGUGUCUUUGGUAAAACCGGGGCUGGAAAGAGUUCUCUGAUAAAUGCCGUCAUUGGAGUGAAGAAUCUCUUGCCCUCUGGAAGUGUCAGUGCAUGUACAUCAGUCAUGAUUAAAGUCGAGGCUAACAAGGGGAAGCAAACCUAUGAGGCAGACAUUGAGUUUAUUACAAAAGAGGAGUGGAAAGAUGAGCUAUGGUCCUUGUUAAAUUUUCUCCGGGAUAAUGCAGAUCAGGAAAAUAGUCAGGAAGAGGACGAAGAUUUUCAUGACACUGAGGAAAAGCUGUCAGCGCUGUAUGGAGAAGAAUGGAAGAACAAAUCUCCUGAAAACCUCAUGGAUAACAAACAUUUCAAAGAAAUUCCAGAAUUUCUAUUUUCCAAGAAGAAGAGGUUGACGUGUGAAUCAGCUAAAGAGCUAUCUGCAAAAUUUGUCAAAUACACAAGAAGUGACUCAGAAGAUGGAGAAGGAAAGAGGUGGUACUGGCCACUAGUGAAGUGUGUAACUAUCAGGGUGCCCAAUAAUGAUCUUCUCCGGCAUGUCACACUUGUGGAUCUUCCUGGAAAUGGGGACCGUAACAAGAGCAGAGACAAGAUGUGGAAACGGGUUGUUGGAAGUUGUUCUACUGUGUGGAUUGUGACUGACAUAAAUCGAGCAGCAGCAGAGAAAGAACCCUGGGAAAUCCUGAAAAGUGCCAGCAGCCUCAUGGGAAAUGGUGGCGAGUGUCAGCACAUUCACUUUAUCUGCACCAAGUCAGAUGUUAUUGAAGAUUUGGAAUCUGAUGAUCAUUCAGCAGCUGCUGUACGUGCUCUCAUAUUUAAAAAAAACAUGCAAGCCAAGGAACAAGUGUACAAAGAAUUCAGCAAACUCCCCGAGGUUAAAAAACAUUUCAAUGAAGAAUGUUUCAAAGUGUUCACAGUGAGCUCCAAAGAGUUUCUAAGAAAGAAACGUCUGGACUCAGAUGACACUGAAAUACCCAAACUUCGAGCAUUUCUGAAAGAUCUCAAUGACUGUCACUCAGAAAUAUUGAACUAUGUCUCUGGAGCUUUUGGGAUUCUCUCUCUGAUUCAAGGUGCCAGAUGUCAAGAUGGGGCUGACAAAAGAACAGAUGUGUGCACAGACCUUGUAAAAAAGAUGGACCAUGAACUUGACGAAGUCAGAAAACCCAUGGAAGAGACUUUGGAGGCUUUUCAAAAAUGCCUCAGUGAGGGGGUUGAAAAGUCAAAAGGUUCAUGUGAAAAAGUCUUGAAGUCGUUCUUACAUCCUAGAAAGGCAAAAGGUUUUUACAAGAUAUUGAAGUGUGUAGUUGAGAACGGUGGCACCCACAAACCAAAAAAAGGGAAACCCAUCAAUCUCAAUGGGAAGUUAGCUUCAUGCCUGACUGACAGCAUUGACGAGGAAUUCAAGAAGACCUUCCCAAAUGAAGGAAAAUGUGGACCAUUCAACGGUGCCCUCAAUAAGUUUUCACUUGACACUAAGAGUCUGAUUGAAAAGUACAAAGAUGUCGAACUGCAGCUGAUAUUUCUCCAGACAGAGGUAGAAAAAGUGAAGACAAAACUCAACAAACUCAUCCGGGAGCGUAAGAAAACGAUCUACAGCAGUCUGACGACGACAAUCGAGGAAUUCAUGCAAGAAUGCUAUGAUAAAGCAGCAGAGUUUCGUGGUGAGGGCUCUCUGAAAAACAUGAGGGACACGAUUGAGAAGCAUGUACGUGAUGCAAAGAACAUCAUGUUUGAGCGGGCUAAAGAUGAAAUGAUGAACCAGCUGAGAGACUUGAUGGAAGAGAUCCUGGAGGACCUGGAGAAAACAAUGCAGGAAUCAAUCGAGCUGUCACUCAGCACAUAUGGUGACUCAAUCCCAGAUGUUACAGCGGAGCUUCAGAUGGUGAAGAGCCACUACAAUGAACUGAUGAGAAACCUAAAUGAAGAAACAUCACAAGCUUGGUUUGCUCCUUGGAGAGAAACAGCCGAGGCCAGAUUACCCACUGAAGGUCCUUCAGACACACUUGAUUACUGACGUCAGGCCUCUGGAUUUAGUCUCAACCAUUUUAAUCAAGUUAUCUCUGUUCUUUUUGAGUGUUGUUUGGUGUAAAUACUGGAACCAUUAUUCCCACGCUGACGCUGUGCCGGUCUAAAUUAAUUAUUUCUACUUCAUUCAAACAUCAAAACAGUCAGCGAAUUUGGACAUGCCAGGGUAGUACUUUUAUCAUUCGUUCCUUUGAUAUUUUCAGAAAUAUUCCAUGUUAUUCAUAUUUUCAGCUGGAAACUCCAUUUAAACCUUAAAAUUUUCCACAUCUUUCAUACAUUCCGGGUAGUAUUCAACUUUCAAAUCCCAUUAAAACUUAAAAACAAAAGGUUAAACUUCAUUUGAAGCUUAGUAAAAAUGACCUCAGAUUUUUACAUUAGUGGUUGUGCUGAUAGUUGUGCACACACUACACUGGCAUAGGUAUCCCACAAUGCAAUGCAGUAAAAACAUAACCUUCAUAACAGACACACGGACAGCAACCAAGGCAGCUCUGUAAUGUCAAAACCGCUUCAAUUUACAUUUCUACAUAUAAUUUUUUUUGUCACAUGUGACUGCUGGAAUAGUUGAUUACCUUUUUAAGUAAUUUAAGCAUUAUUUGGCGAUGCCGCUAGAGCGGAGGUUGGCAGGGGUUACCGUGGUUUGCGUCUCCAACCUGGCUUUUGUUUGAUAUCUAGUUUCGGCAAUAAAUGUUGUGCAUGUGAUGUGUUCAUACUAACACCAAGUCAGUUUAGAGAGAAGAUGAUGGUCUGUGCAUAUUUCUGUUGCCUUUAUUUACAUGCUGUAAAGCCACCUAACAAGCCGUGCACAUGUAAACUGUCAAAUAAAACAGGCUUACGCCACAGAAUGAAUAAUCAAAUACUCAUAUUGAAGAGCCAAAUCCAUGAUGACAUGCAGCCAAGGCUCCCCAGUUGGAUUCGAACCAGGGACGUUGUGAGUUUCAUUGUACAAGCCUUAGCCAUCAUUCCACUGUGAUGUCCCAGUGACAUUUUUUUUAUAACUUAACAGUUUUUUCUCAUAUAUUUUGUAGGCCUUUUGCAUUUAUUAAUACAUGAUUACUUUGGCAGAAUGCAUUCGUAAAGUGUGAUUUGGACUUAAUCUCUGAUUGUUAGGAUGAUGUAUUAUAUAUUUCUUUCCUUUUUUAUUUCUUUAGCUUUUAUAUUCUUAAUGUGUGGAUAUAUGCAUGGCAUACUAAAAAGCUUUAUAAAAGUAAUUGUGUGCACAUCCCACCUUCUGGCAGGUGCAGGACAAAUGAAAGUACUUAAAACGAAAAGAAUGUAAUGUCCGCAACACUGCUUUAAACUCCCAUAUUUAAUAUAAAAUGCAACGUUUCGACCCUACUGGGUCAUAUACUAAAAAGCUUACCAUGGUUCUAAACAUUGUGUUAAAAUGAUUGCCAUGAAGCCAAAUCAGUGAACAGGAAACGGGAAAUUGUGGUUUAGCAUGUAGCUGACAGGAAGCCGUCGCUGCUUGAAAGUUUGAACAUUUCUAUGAAGAAGACAGGAAAGGUGAGCCUCAAGCAAACAUGUAGAUGGUGUGAUGAUUCUCGCCUCUGAAUAUUGAGUACAGCCCCUUUAAAUGCAAUUACAGUACAUACUCUAGACUGGAUUUGGCAUUGACUUUUUAAAGAAUGAUCUUGAUCCUUUUUCUUUUAUGUUCAAGGACAUAAACGUUACUUACUGCAAAUACAAGUUUGUGUAUUUGUGUCUUUAUUUAUAUAUGAAAAAUAAUGAGCUCUAUGAUAAUAAACCAGCUUACCUGGCUUCUUGUCAUUUACUGAACAAUUGUUAUGUUUUAAUGUACACUGACUCUAAAUGUAUUUGAUAUGGUAUACCUUAAUAAAGUUCACAUAUUACAAUUACAGUACAUACUCUAGACUGGAUUUGGCAUUGACUUUUUAAAGAAUGAUCUUGAUCCUUUUUCAUUUAUGUUCAAGGACAUAACUGUUGCUUACUGAAAAAACGGGUUUGUGUAUUUGUGUCUCCAUUCAUAUAUGAAAAAUAAUGAGCUCUAUGAUAGUAAACAGCUUAUCUGGCUUCUUGUCAUUUACUGAACAAUUGUUAUGUUUUAAAGUACACUGACUCUAAAUAAAUAAAGUUCACAUAUUACAAAGUU